CAGGAAGGAGACUAGAAAUGCAGACGGAAGCCACCGGAGAGGGGGAGGGAGAAACUAGAAAGAGAGUCGCGUGCCCUGUCUGACUUCUCCAUUUCUUGGAAAAAAAAAAAAGGAGUGCGAGAGAGAGAGAGCCGUUGAGGUCGACCAUUUGUUCCUUGCCUCUCCGAUCUUUCCUACCGGCAACGACGCGAGAAGAGCGGGUCUAUACCGUUCUGUUUCCGUCGUCGACCGCCGGAUUCGUCCCCGAAUCUUGGCGGGGGUUGGCCGAUUUUGAUCCCCCUCGGUUUCUUUCACCUUCUUCUUCUGGAGCAGCGGCGGUCCACAGGGUCCGGGUAAGUGUUUUCCUUCUCUCUGAAGGUUCCAAAUUCGCUCGUGGGCCCUUGAGAUCGGGAGAUACUUUUCAUCGACUUCUUCCUUCAACCGGGCACCGUCGGUCCGUAUAGCUCUCCCUCCCGCUAGGUUUUGUGGAGGGAAACAAGGAGGCGAAGGCUCGAUCGGGAUCUUCGAGAAUUCGAGUUCUUUCCUUUUCAAUCGGCACCGGUUUGGAGGUGGUGCGCAUUCCGUAUUAUUCCUUUCGGCGUUAGGGUUUCUCGAUAGUAAAGGCGAAGGAUUGACCAAACAGCCAAGGCCUCUAGGGUUUCGUUGACGGAAAGGGCGAAUCGAGUGAUGGAGGUCAAGCUGUGGCACGACAAGCGGGAACGUGAGAUGUACGAGAACUUCGCCGAUCUCUUUGCGAUAAUCAAGGCGACGGAGAAGCUUGAGAAGGCAUAUGUCCGGGACGUCGUCUCGCCAGCCGACUACGAGGCCGAGUGCCUCAAGCUUAUUGCCCAGUUCAAGACUUUGGCGUCCUCUCUCAAGGAGACUGUUCCCUCCAUCGACCGUUUCGUCGACACCUAUAAACUCGAUUGCCCGGCUGCCCUCAACCGCCUGAUGGUUUCUGGCGUGCCGGCGACGGUCGAGCACCGUACCGUGGCGGCCAGCUCGAGCGCCGGAUCAACGCUUGCUGUUGCUGAGUCUGUCCAGCACUUCAUCACGGCCAUGGACUCGCUGAAGCUGAAUAUGGUAGCCGUCGACCAGGUGCACCCCCUUCUUUCCGACCUCUGGGCAUCGCUCAGCAAGCUGCCGCAGCUCAGCUCGGAAUUCGAGGGGAAGGUUAAGAUCAAGGAUUGGAUUGUGAAACUUUCGAAGAUGGGAGCGGCCGACGAGCUCACGGAGCAGCAAUCGAGACAGCUUCUAUUCGACCUGGACUCAUCCUACAAUGCUUUCAUGGCCGCCCUCCCCAAGGCCGGCGCUUGAUGCUGUCAGGGAACUUCUUGGAUUAUUUUAUCAAUUGCAGGAGAAUAGUACUCAUAGGAACUUGGAAGGAAAUGAGUGUGAGAAGUUCCAAGUUGAUGUUGAAGCCAUGGAAGAUAUCAAGUGGACGAUUUUGCUAUUUGCCUUGCUGCUGGUGUACUUAAACAAGUUUUACUUUUUUAUUUUGGGGGGAUGUCUCCACAAAGAAAUUCUAGUGAUUGUACAUAGUAUUGUCAUCGCCGAAGCAGGUUCCUACCUUCCGCUGGUUUGGUUUUCCUUCAGUUAAUUGUUUGUUAUUCUUCCUGUAGAACAGGUAUUGUAUCUCAGUUACCUUCUAUCAAAGCUUCAAUGAGAUGGUUGGAUCGAAAUUUCAAUUA